AGGGAAAGAAACUAGAAAGAACAAAUUCCCUGGAACCCCCAAAAAUUCAUUAAUACCAGUCGCCCCUUUAUUUCGACCUGAAAUUCCACUCCCUUCUAUCUUCCCAGUCCGUUCAUCGGACAUCAGUGAUACAUCACCUGAUCACCCUCUCACCGUCUCACGCGUUCCGGGGCUCCUCCCACCUCGUCUUCUUGUCGUCGCCCUCGUCCCCCCCUCUACCAAGGGGCGCACGAGCUAGUGUGGAAUGAGAUCCAUCCAUCCAUCUGCUGGACCUGGAUUGACUUCUUCUUUCCUAGGGACAUCCGAGGAUGUCGACUCCUGCGAGGAAGCGGCUGAUGAGGGAUUUCAAGCGGUUGAUGCAGGACCCUCCGGCCGGCAUAAGUGGCGCCCCGCAGGACAACAACAUACUGCUAUGGAAUGCUGUGAUCUUUGGCCCUGACGAUACUCCAUGGGAUGGAGGUACGUUCAAGCUAACUCUCCAGUUUACUGAAGAAUAUCCAAACAAGCCACCAACUGUGCGAUUUGUUUCUCGGAUGUUUCAUCCUAACAUUUAUGCUGAUGGGAGCAUAUGCUUAGAUAUCCUGCAGAAUCAGUGGAGCCCGAUAUAUGAUGUAGCUGCUAUACUUACAUCCAUCCAGUCGUUGCUGUGUGAUCCAAACCCGAAUUCGCCUGCUAACUCCGAAGCUGCCCGCAUGUUCAGCGAGAACAAGCGAGAGUACAACCGCAAAGUGCGGGAGGUUGUGGAGCAGAGCUGGACGGCGGACUGAUGUAGUGAUGUAUUGCAUCGUGCAGCUUCUCACCGGCGCCCCCUCUGGUCCUUCGUUACCAUACCAAAAUGCAUGUGCUUGUGUAACUGAAUAGUCGAAUUCAGCUGGGGGCCUGGGGCUGAUGUUCUCCUGUAUGAGCUGCCGUGCUUCUCUAUCUUGGCUGGACCGGUGGAGACUGUUCCGUUUCGAUUUUUACCUAUGCUGGAUCUGGAAUACAAGCUUUUUACCUAUGCUGGAUCUGGAAUACAAGCUCAAUUAUUCUAGCAUUAUGCAGACA